AUGGAGAUCUUCAUCGAUAGAGUUGAAAAGCCUGUGACUUUUGGCAUCGAUCUGUAUUCCUUCGAAGUGCAGCCAGGCCAAGUGUUUCACGGGUUCAAGAAUAUUCCUCGAGAGCCUCAAGUCCAUGUGGUUCAUUUCCAGCACUCUGCAGACGGCAUGAGGUAUGGAUACUACGUCGAGAGCCAGUCUACCAAGUACCUGCAAUUCGACUACAGCGCAGCCCAGGAAUUGUUCGUACCGAGGGCGCUUGAAAGCGCACAGGAUAAAACAGACGCGUACAAUAAGUUUCGGGAAUUGAACCCUCUCAUGGUUCCGUAUCCGUCCAUCGAUGAGGGGGAUUCGUGGCAGGCGCUGACGAACUUCAUAAAAAUGCUGGACGUCAGAUAUAUCGCUGGCAGCAGCGAGCAGUGUGUGUAUAUGGACUCUGUGAUCACGACUGAAGAGGAGGAAGGUAUUUUGAGCCGAGCAUUGGCCAAAAAUCGCGGCACAGCCCAUGAUACUGGUUCCACGAGGCAAACCCCGGCAUUGAACUACACGAGCAUUGUUUUCAAGUCUAAGGACGCCCUGCGCGACGACUUCAAGAUGCAGGAUUUUUUUGACAAGAGCUACUACCUCAACGACGUCAUUUUGCCCCGGUACCACCACAACUCGAUAUUUUCGCUGUUCGGGGAGCUUCAGUGCGCGUUUCUGAACGCAAUGAUGUUUGGGAACUACGGCUCGAGCCUUCAGUGGCACAACAUCGUGGAGCUGAUCGCGUCAAGUUCCGCCGUCAGCGAGCCGGCUAUUUUGCAGCUGGACUCCAUUCUAGCGCAGCAGUUUGGCCUGAUUCCCGAGUUCUACGCCGACACUUUGCUGAAUGAGGAAGCUUGGGUGCGGAUUUUGGGGAGCUCGCACCACGGCAGCGCGUUGAGUCGAACGCGUUGCGCAGUGUGCAAACUAUGGCCGCAUUUAGACGAAAACGACGCAAAUGUCGGGGACGACAUAUACGACGUGGACGACAUACACGACGUGGACGACGCACAAAACGACGACGACGACGACGACGACGGCCCGGUUGUGGUGGAGCAGGUGAUCUACCGACCCCGCGCGACACACUAG